UACGAGCCGCCCAUGACACUCAAUCUGGACCGUCCGUAGGCACAUUCUCCGUCAUUUAAGUCCCGCCUCUCCGCAGUUUAGGGUUUUUCUUGAUGCUCCGAGACCGCAGCUAGGGUUUUCAAAGAUCUGGAUCUUUCUUCUCGCUGUUGAUUUAGGAGUAACAGCAGCAACAUCAGCAAAAUGUAUACAGCAAGGAAGAAAAUCCAGAAGGAAAAAGAUGUCGAACCUACUGAGUUCGAGGAGACAGUUGCACAGGCCCUUUUUGAUUUGGAGAACACCAAUCAGGAACUUAAAAGUGAUUUGAAGGAUCUUUACAUUAACUCAGCUGUUCAAAUUGAUGUUGCGGGGAACCGGAAAGCUGUUGUUGUCCAUGUACCUUACAGACUGAGGAAGGCUUUCCGGAAAAUUCACGUGAGGCUUGUCCGGGAAAUGGAGAAGAAAUUCAGUGGCAAGGAUGUGCUAUUUAUUGCCGCUAGAAGGAUACUGAGGCCACCGAAAAAAGGCUCUGCAGUAGUACGGCCUCGAAGCCGCACACUGACACAUGUGCAUGAAGCUAUGUUGGAGGACAUUGUGUAUCCAGCAGAGAUUGUUGGGAAACGUAUUCGAUAUCGUCUUGAUGGAUCUAAGGUCAUCAAGAUCUUCUUAGACCCAAAAGAGAGGAACAACACUGAGUAUAAGUUGGACAGCUUUGCUGGAGUUUACCGCAAACUUGCUGGAAAAAAUGUGGUUUUUGAGUACCCGGUUACUGAGGCAUGAACGCAUGUCAUGCCGAGUGAAGCCUAUCUUAGAUUCCUUGCUUUUGUCAGAUGUGCAACAAUUCAUGUGUUAAUUUUGAAGGACACAUUGUUGAGAUAAAGGUUAUUUUUGGUGGAGACGACGCAACCCUUGAAACCUAUUUUUGUGCAGUAUAAUUAUUUUAACUGCUUAGUGUUCAAAUUGGAUACUGAAAGCUUUAUCAAACAUUAGUUCUUAGUCUGAUAGUUGAUGCUAUUAGUGUGUUAAUUA